UUUUUUUGGUUCAUCUAUAGAAAAAUAUGUAUAGAAAAAUUAAGAAUUCCUAUGUUUCAGACAUUCAACUUAAUAAGAGGGCGAACGGACCAUGGGCGAACAAGUUUUAGGGCGAUCGGACUCUGGGCGAACGGGAAUAAGGGCGAACGGCGUCAUGGGCGAACGCGUUUUAGGGCGAACGAACAUACAUUCCCAUUUUACCAACCUGAAAUAAACAAACGUUGAUAUUUUCACAGUGAAGCAAAAUUAUGCCGUAAUUUUUGUAGCGAAGAUCCAAUGUAUCAUCCAGAUUAUGAUUAAGAAGUUUCACACGAAACGAAAAUAAAAUAACGAAGAAAACUAAAAAAUUCGGAUUACGAAGGUGAUCUGAUCCGGCCCGGCCCGGUUUUUACUACCCAUUUUACCAACUAUCAUUUACCGCGUACCAAAUCGAAAGCGGAAGUAAAAAAAUCAAGAUGGAGUCAAAAGUGGAAGUUUUGGAGGCAAUGUUCCAGAAAGCAGAAUCUGAUCUGAAUUUUCUGUCAAGAAGGCUUGAUUUUGAAUUUGACCAGAAUAAUGAAGAAAAUAAGGCUAAUCCAACACAAAUGCUGCAAAAAAUUGCUGAUAUAAAGAAGGAAUUCUCAUCCAUUGUCCAAGAAGCCACUGCAAUUCAAGAAACACAGAAAGAAGCAGUCGCCCAAUUUCAGUCCCAGCUUCUUGCUGCUUGUCAGCUAUUGCAGAAAGUACAGGAACAGGGGAACUUACAGUCAGAGGAUAAACCAGAAGAGUUGGUGAAAUUAGAAGAGUUGUUAGGUGUGAGCUUUCCUCAUCAUCAAUCUGUUCCUACGACAUUUGAUACACAACAAGAGGCCAACCAAUCAGAUCCAGUCAAUAACAAUUUGACCUUUACUCUUAAUGCCAAAAAUCCAGUUGAAGUCAAAGAAACAGAGGCUAAUGAAGCAUUAACUCCUCUAGAGAGACGUUCACAGUCCAGUGAGUUUAUAGAAGUGUCAGAGGAGGAAUUUGAGUCUGUCUCAUCACUUGUUAGAGGACGGGUUAAACUCUCAGAAGUCAAUAUGACUUAUCGCAUACUAUGGAGACAUUUUAAGGAGGAAGAAAAUAGCAAUCCUGUAGGACCUUCUGAAAUGUACAAGAUGGGUUUAAAGGUAGCAGGGGCUACAGGAGAAACGAAGCUGAAGGUAUGGUCUGACACUGAGCCUUUUUAUUGUUUACUGUCACUGGUAAGCUGUACCGGUAUAUGUGGUGAUGCAUAUAUUGAAGUAAGUUAUAAAAGGUACAAAUUGUGAGAUCAAUCUAUAUAUUGUUCUCAUAUACGUUAUAUCCUGUACAUGUGUUUACAUUUUAAAAAACUAAAAAUUUCAAGUCGAUUUUCAACAUGCCACUAUUAAAUGCUUUAAAGUGUGAUUACAAUUGAUUUGUGUUUAAGGCUUUUAUGUCAAAUUAAAGGUCAACUACAUUCACAAUGUGUAUAUCCAUAUAGACGAUGGUUUAUUUCUGACAAAGCAUUUUAUAGAUGUAAUGAUAAACAUGUACUGUAAAAGUGAUUAUUUACAUUGGGACUUAAGUUCCUGAUUUUCAGUUAUUUUGACAUUACAUUAAUAAGUAGCAACGUGUAUUGCCAUGAGUGAUUUAUGUAGAUGAGCUAUGAAGAAUUACUACACAUUUGAAGAAAUCUGAUGAGGACAAUAUUGCAGACUUUAUUUGAUUGACCAAAAGUCUGAAGAAUAUACUCACAUGGGAAUUGUUUUACUUUGAUAAAACUGUGAACACUCAACUGGCACAUUUAUCUUAAUGAAUAGGUUACUUUUGAACAGUCAAUCUUUUCUUUAUUUUCACAUCAGCUGUCAUUGCUUGUGUGGCAGUCAGAUGGGUUCUAUGGUCAGAUAGUUCAGUUGGUAGAACAUCUCAAUGGAGUUCAGGGGGCCUGGAUUUGAAUCCCAGUCUGGUCUGUUGCAUUUUCUCCUUGUUAUAUUUGGGACCAUAGACAGGUGAAAAUGCCUGCCUUGGAGAAAGAACCUAGAUUGAUGUCUUCAAGGUGUGAAGAUAUUCAAGGAGGGAGGAAUGUGGUGGUCAGAUGGGAUUGAUCGCCAGUGGCCAGUUUGCUCAGUUGGAGAGCACUUAACUAGAGAUUCAGGGGGCCUGGGUUUAAAUCCAGGUCUGGUCCAUUGCAUUUUUAGCCGUAUUGCACAACGUGCAAAUGUCUUAUAAAAUGGUGAAAGGCGGGCGGGAGGGAGGGUUUGCGGGCGUUCGUCCCUAUUAUAUUAACUCUCACGCCUCUAACUUGAUGUACAUUUUUCAAACUUUGUACAUUUGUUAUGGAUACAUUGAAGAUGUGCAUGUGCCUUUUUUAAAGUGAUCAGACAUUUUUCAAAAAAUUUACAUGUAGUUGAUCUUAGUCAUUUUUUAGCUCACCUAAGCUGAAAGCUCAAAUGAGCUUUCCUGAUCGCCUGUUGUCCGUUGUCUGUCUGUAAACUUUUCUCCAGAACCAUUGGGCCAAUUUCAAUUAAACUUGGCAAAAAGCAUCCUUGGGUGCAUCGUCGGAUACCCACGGCAGAUCUCGUCUUCUACUCAUCACGUGAGGAGUAGAAGACGAGAUCAGCUGUGGGUAUCCGAUGAUGCCUUGGGUGAAGGACUUUCAAGUUUGUCCAAAUGGAGGGCCAUGCCCCUUUCAAAAGGGAGAUAAUUCAAAAAAUGCAAAAAUAGGUUGGGGUCAGUUAAAAAUCUUCUCAAGAACCACUGAACCAGAAGAGCUGACAUUUACCUUAAAGCUGUCUUACAUAGUGCAGAUUCAGUUUUGUUAAAAUGAUGACCCCAGGGGGUAGGAUGGGGCCACAAUAGGGGAUCAAAGUUUUACAUGGGAAUAAAUAGGCAAAUUCUUUAAAAAUCUUCUCAAGAACCACUGGGCCAGAAGAGCUAAAAUUUACUUGAAAGCUUCCUGACAUAGCGCAGAUUCAAGUUUGUUAAAAUCAUGGCCCCCGGGAGACAUUAGGGGAUCAAAGUUUUACAUACAAAUAUAUAGGAAAAAUCUUCUGAUGAGGAACCAUUUGGCAAAAGAAGUUGGCAUUUACAAGAAAGCUUCCUGACAUAAUGCAGAUUCAAAUUUGUAAAAAUCAUGGACCUUGGGGUUAGGUUGGGGUUUAAAGGAUUAAAGUUUUACAUGCAAAUAUAUAGGGAAAAUCUUUAAAUAUGAGCCACUGUGACUCAGGUGGGUGAUGUGGCCCAUGGGCCUCUUGUAUAAGCAUUUCUUGAAUAGACGGUACCUAUUUUGUGUAAUUUAAACGCCAAAAGUCAUUGUCAUUGUCUGUCAUUGUAAACAUUUAAAAGAAGUUAAAGAUGUUCAACUGUUAAUGCGUGACAGAUGCAGACAAAUUGCAAUAGGUCACCUGAGUGACUCAGGUGACCUAAAAAUUAUGAAAAUGGGAUGUGUGUCUUUUAAAAAAAUUCUUCUCAAGAAUCACUGCACCAGAAAUGCCAAUAUUAACAAGAAAGCUUCUUUAUACAGUUUAAAUUCAAGGUUGUUCAAACUGUGAUCCUCAGAUCAAUGAUCAAUGAGGGGUGCAAAGUUUUACUUAGGAAUAUAAAAGGGAAACCAAACUUAGCACUAAAUAUUCUUGGGUAAAGGGGUUUCAAGUUUAUUCAAUUGAAGGAUCAUGCUCCUUCCCAAGGUGAGAUAAUUUCAAAAAAGUAAAAAUAUGGUGAUGUCUUUGGAAAAUAUUAUUCUCCAGAAAUACUAAGCCAAUUUCAAAAUUUCAACUAAACUUGGAACGAAAUAUCCUUGAGUAAAGAAAAUGCAAGUUUGUUCAAUGGAGCAUCAUGUUCCUUUCCAAGAGGAAAUAACUGCAAAACAGUAAAGUAUGGUGAUGUUUUUGGAAAAUAUUCUUCUCCAGAACCACUGAACCAAUUUCAACCAAAACUUGGCACCAAGUAUCAUUGAAAUGGGGAUUCAAGUUUGUUCAGAUGAUGAACCACACCCCAUUUCAAGGGGAUUUAAUAGCAAAAUAGUAAAAACAUGGUGGUGGCCUUUGAAAAUGUUCUUUUCCAGAAUCAGUAAAUGAAUUUCAACCAAACUUGACAUAAAUUAUUAUUGAGUAAACAGGAAAAUUUGUUAAAAUGAAGGGCCGAAAAUAGCAAGAUGUUGAAAAUGCUGUGGUGUCUUUUGAAAAUCUUUUCCAUAACCACUGGGGGCAUAGUGUUUCACACAUAGCAUCUUCAAACUUUCUUUAUAUUUCAGGUUCUACGAGCUUUAAAACUGUGUACAAUCUCCAGCAAAAUGGAAGUCAAGCUGGUGUGACCAGGCAUCCACUAAGUCAUGGAGUGACCAACAGAAUGAACACAAGAGUAACAUCCAAUCAAAACAAAGGAUAGAAAAGCACCCUGUCAGACAUGUGUUGUAUGAAUAAAAACAGGAUUUUUUUCUGAGAUUAAAUCACUUUCAGAAGAGUGCUUUUCCUCGGAGACAUAGCUUUAUUAACGUGAUUACUGGUUGUGUACUCCAAGAUGGAGUGGUGAUUGAUCUAUAUUGAUGACAACUUAUGGGAGGUGGAGAUUUCACUGAUUCACUUCAUCAAAGUGGUCCUACUUGAAAUAGAGUUUGUUUGGGAUAAAAUGUAUGUGUAAUAGAGUACUGUUUUUAUCCAGCACUCAAAAAUCAUUGCAAACAUAUUCAUAUUUCCCAUCAGUAUGUUGUAGAGCGUGUUAUUUCAAAAACAUACUUUUUUUUUUAAAUUACACACCUACUUCAGCUAAAAUGAUGAUAAUAAUCAUUUUUAUAUGUGCAAUAUUAAUGAUGAUGUAUGUAAAAGUUCUUAAAUAUGCAUAUUCAUAAGGGAAGGGGUUAUUGAAACUGAUUAAUCAAAAAUUUGAUUGAGGUAAUAUUAAGACAAACAUGUUUGAGUUUUUGCUAUGUUUUAUUUUCAAGAAAUAUCAAUUAUUAAAUCUGUAGUGAAUCUGAAAUCUAGGCCUCUUUCCUCUAUCAUUGUGCUGUAAUUUUCUUUGACUUCAGAGAGCUGUGACCAUUCUUGCUCUGUUAAGGCACAAGCAGUAACUCUGAGUGUUUUUAAAUCUGAAAAAUUACAGUAUUUGCAAAUUGUUUGUGAAGACCACCUGUAAAAGUACAUAGUUUUCUGUCAUACAUGUACAACUGAUAGACCAUUCAUUUAUAUAUAUGUCUCUGUUUAUAGCUAUAAAUGUCAGACAACAAAUGUUCUCUAUUUAGAAAUGGGUUUAUUACAUUUCUUUUCUUUUACCCAAUACAUGGUAAUUGUAAAUUAGAACAUAUUUGAGAAGUAAAUUCCUACCAAUUUUA